CAAAGAUGAAAGAAACCUCUGAUGAGGACGCCGCCUCUGGAGCAGGUAAAAGCGCUGCCCUCAAUGCGCCCCUGCGCAGGCGCAGGAAGGUUAAUGCACUGAAACUUCUCGCCUUCCCUGCCCUCCCAGAGUCCUUGCGGGACAAUGAAUACAUCACAAAAUACUACAGAGUCAAUUAUAACAGGAAACAGACCAUCAGAUCCCUGUUCGGGCUCCACAACGAGACGGGAAAUAUCUGGACCCACUUCCUUGGCUUCGUGCUCUUCGCUGUGCUGACCUUUGUGACGAUCUAUGCCCAGCCAGCACCGUUGAAACUUGGUGCUCAAAAGCUGGUUCAGCUUGAGGAGAGGGUCUUAUUAGCAGGACGCCUGGGCUGGCAGGAAGUUUUGAGAGCAGAGCAACACGUCGAGGCCAGCCUCCGUGCCACUGGAGGACACCUACUGGAGGAUCUGAAGGCCCUGGAAAAUAGAGCCAUAGCAUAUGGAGUGGAGGGGCUGCGAGGGGCAGAGGGACGCUAUGCAGAGCUCUUGGCUAUUCUGUCGGACAGCCAAUGGCCAACGCCGCGGUGGCCGGUAUAUGUCUUCUUGGCAGGCGCUAUGAUUUGCUUGUGGACUUCCGCCUUCUGCCAUGGCGUGUGCUGCCUGAGGGGCGCUGCAGAGACCAUCUGGAAAUAUGAUUAUGGGGGAAUUGUAGCGCUCAUUGUUGCAAGUUUCAUUCCUCCGAUUUGGUUUGGCUUUCUCUGCGAGCCUGCUCUCCGCAAUUUCUACUUGAUCAGCACAUGCAUUAUGGGUGUCUUCACUCUGUGCGUGACACUCCUGCCAUUCUUUCAGACAGUGCGAUUCAGAGCCUUCCGUGCUACUCUCUUUGCCGCCCUUGGCUUGUGGGGCAUUGCGCCGAGCGUGCACAUGUUGUUGCUGCAUGGCUCGGAACCUGCAGUGCAGACUGCCUUCUGGCACAAUCUGACCAUGGGUGCCAUCUACCUGUUGGGAGCGGUGCUGUUCGCAUUGAGGGUGCCGGAGCGCUGGAAGCCAGGAGCCUUUGAUCUCUUCUUCUCCAGCCAUCAGCUGUUCCAUGUGUGCGUGGUCACUGCCGCUUUGGUGCACUACAAAGGCAUAAAUGUCAUGUUGGCGUGGCGGGAUGGUGCAGGUGGCUGUAAUGGUUAG